AUGGAUUCAUCAUAUGAAAUAUUCAAUCGACCAUCAACAUAUUUUCCCAGCUACUCAUGUCCAUUAGCCGACGUUUCAUCGUUUAGUUCAACAUCGAUACGAACAGAUCAUGAAAAUAGUACAAUAACCGAUUUCUCAUCUUAUUACUCUGAUACAAUAUCACAUUCCCCUGUUAAUCAUUCCCAUUCAAUCGCUACAAAUCGAUGCUCAUCAUCAUUCUCGUUAUUUCCAUCCCGCACUGAUCGUUGCCUUGUGUGUAAUGAUCGUUCAUCUGGUAUUCAUUUCGGGGUGUCAACAUGUGAAGCAUGUAAAGCAUUUUUUCGUCGAACAAGUCUUUCAUCGUAUUCAAUUCCACUUCCAUGUUCACCCAAUCGAUGCGAAAUCAAUGCGAAAAACCGUAAUAAUUGCCCGAGCUGCCGUUUUGAUAAAUGUAAACGUCUUGGCAUGGAUCGAGAUAAUGUCGUGUAUGGCAAACCAUCGAAACAGAACAAUUAUUUCAAAGAUCAAUUAACGAACGUUUUCACUGAAUUGAUAAAAAGUUUUCAAAGAAUCGAUCAAACAACAAUGGAUUCAAUCGAAACAAAACUACAUAUCGAUGCAUUUGGACAGAUCGCUUUUCAACUGUUUUAUCAACAAGCAUCGGAAACGCAUAUUAGUUCAUUCGAUGUUUUUCAUCAAAUUUUGAUUCUUAUUUCUAAACACUAUUGCAACAUUGAUUACUGGCUUAUGCAAAAUAGCAAUCUUCGAGCAAUUCUCUCUCUAUGGCUGUUUGUAUAUUAUUACGAAACAAUUGUAUUUAAACAAAAAAUAUCUGAAGAAAAGUUAAAUAUAUUGAUCAAGUUGUUAGACAUGGAAUUGAUCAAAAUGAAUGAAUAUUAUAAAUUUGAUCAAAAUAAGCAAAAGUUUUUUAGAAUUGAUUUUAUGAAUACAUUUACGAAGUUUUCUGAUCUCGUUCAAAAUAUUCAUCUGCAGAAUUGA